AGCUCCCAGCCGUUUAUCUCCACCCCCUCCCGCCCCAUUUCCAGUCCUUUUCACCGAAACCGGGCGAAUUUCGGGAUUUUCUCCCCGCGCGCCUUCCCCGUGACGUCACUCUCCCCCCGCCAUGUGACGUCACGCCCCCGCCGCGUGGCGUCACCGCAGCGCGCGGCCCCGGCGGGUGAGCGCCGGCGGAAGGGGCGGGGCUAAAACCGGCGGCACUUCCGGGAGCGGCGCGGGGCGGAGGGGGAACAUGAGCUGGAUCCCGUUCAAGAUCGGGCAGCCCAAGAAACAGAUUGUACCCAAGACAGUGGAGAGAGACUUUGAAAGGGAAUAUGGGAAGCUGCAGCAAUUGGAAGAUCAGACCAAAAAACUUCAGAAGGAUAUGAAGAAAAGCACAGAUGCAGAUUUGGCCAUGUCCAAAUCUGCAGUGAAGAUCUCCUCAGACCUGCUGUCCAACCCCCUGUGUGAGCAGGAGCCCUCGUUCCUCGAGAUGGUCACGGCCUUCGACACGGCCAUGAAGAGGAUGGACGCCUUCAACCAGGAGAAGGUGAAUCAGAUCCAAAAGACAGUGAUAGAGCCUUUGAAAAAGUUCAGCAGCGUUUUCCCAAGCCUGAACAUGGCAGUGAAGCGCCGGGAGCAGACGCUGCAGGACUACAAACGCCUUCAAUCCAAGGUGGAAAAAUAUGAGGAAAAGGAGAGAACUGGCCCUGUCCUGGCCAAGCUGCACCAGGCCCGGGAGGAGCUGCGCCCGGUCAAGGAGGACUUUGAAGCCAAGAACAAGCAGCUCCUGGAGGAGAUGCCCAAGUUCUACAGCAGCCGCAUCGAUUACUUCAAACCCAGCUUCGAGUCGCUGGUCCGGGCACAGGUUGUCUACUACACGGAGAUGCACAAGAUUUUUGGGGACCUGACGGCGCAGAUCGACCGGCCCGGGCUGAGCGACGAGCAGCGCGAGCGCGAGAACGACGCCAAGCUCAGCGAGCUGCGCGCCCUCUCCAUCGUGGCUGAUGACUGAGGCCAGGCUGGGCACGGGGAGGGGACGGGCAUGGGGAUCCCCCCUCGUUUUCAGCCCAGCUGCCCCUCCCAGGGAUG